AAUCAAAACUGCACCGGAAACAGAGGGAAGCGCUGAAAGUGUUUGUUUUGGUGAAUGUGACAGGGAGCUGAAAAAAUACAUAAUUUUAAGAUUUGUUUACCGCUGACAUUUAAGUAGCCUCGCUAAAGUUAUGAAGCCAGCAGUUGAUGAAAUGUUUCCCGAGGGAGCCGGUCCGUAUGUGGACCUGGAUGAGGCAGGGGGCAGCACUGGACUGCUGAUGGAUCUGGCAGCCAACGAGAAGGCAGUACAUUCAGACUUUUUCAACGAUUUUGAAGAUCUGUUUGAUGAUGAUGAUAUCCAGUGAUGAAGAGGAAAAAUAGGAUUUCUCCAUUGUGUAAAAUGUUGUACAUUUUAAGUGUUUUUUCUUUCUUUACUUUGGGAACGAUUGUACAUUGUUAACGCUCGGUUGAAUAAUAAACUUUUGUGCGAUA